AUCUGACUUUGUCGGGGUCGGCGCUCUCUCCCGGACGAGGCGGGCGUCGAAAAGGGAUCGAUUUAAUGCGCGAUUUGAUGACGUAAUAACGGCUCUGGAGACGGAGCCGCCGCCGGAGUUGCGCUGGUCCAUGUGCCGGCUCCUGUGGCCUCUUUCCCUUCGCCCCGGCCAGCUCUAGCCUCUCCCGUGCCGCCCUUUAUUCUCUUUAAGAGACCCUUUCACUCCUCGGCGCCCCCCAGCGGUUAGGCCUUCCGUUUAGCCCGCUUUGAGCGCUCAUUGGCUCCGUUCUCUUCCUUUCCGGAGUCCGAUUGGUUGAUGUGGACAUGAUUGACAGGCAGCCCCAAUAGGGUCAACCUCAGUGUGGGUCCCUAAAGGUAGCCUUCCCCGCUGGGCCGAGGUUUCCGCCAUCCUUAGCUAGCAUAGGCACAAUGGCUGGCGCCGGGAAUUGCUGGCUAACGUACGUGCAGUGCCGUAGUUAUGGCCAGGUGUGUGUGUGGGGUCAGCUAACCACUGAAGUCUCAGUUGUAGCCUGCUGUGGUCCGCAUGAGGGGAGGACAACAGCAAAGCCCUCUUUUCUGCCAUCCCAAAACGACCGCUGUCAGAGCCAAGCUCCACGCCCGUUAGAGUUAUGGCAUGAAGGACGUAUGGGCACGAAGAGAGGGGUUACUAGAGCUGGAUGCAAGCCCCUAGAAUACAGGAAAGAGAGAAACGAUGGUCUUGCUCAUGGCUCCCCUCUGGCACUGUGUUGCCCUACCCGGCUUACGACUAUACAUGGAGAAAUAGAAAAAUAUUGCAUGCCCUUCCUAUUUAUUGCAAUAUUUAGGUGCUGCUAAGACAUAGCGUAAAGCAAAGGUGGACCAUAUUUUGACUUGGGGCCUGGCUAUCAGAGGAACCGCCUGCCAGUUUUUGCCUAUCCAGUGCCAUGCUCCAUGUCCCAUCAAGUAGCAAAGUCAUCUUGUGGGACCCAGAAAGUGUGCAUUUUCUGGCACAGCGCUUCACCUCUGGAAGGAGAUUUACCCCUGAAAUCCAUGUGGUUUUCAUCCUCUUGAUGUUCUAUAAGGCCCUGAAAAUUUGAUUCUCCCAGGCUUUGGGUUGUGUCUGCUGAACGGCCUGGUACAUUGUUUUCCAGUUGGUCAGGCUUUUUAUUUGUAUCUCUGCUGUUUUUCUUUUUUUACUUGUAAGCUACCCAGAGUUGUCAGAAGGUCAGCUGACCUCUAAAUUAAAAUUGAAAUACAUAAAUAAAAAUACUUUGGUAUUUGGGGUGGAGGGCGACAAAGAUAUUGGGUGAAGGAGAGUUUGAAGUGGUUUAUUUAUGCCAUGGUGCAUUUUUUACAGUGUCUACUGUCAUUUUCAUCUGCAGAAAAUGUGCCAAUGGUAUAUUCAACCAUAUCCAGAAAAGGUCUGAGAGCUGCAAAAAAAAGGGCCUUGAAUAUCAUUUGUAGUUUUGGAGCUAUCAAUUACUCUCCCUUAGCAUAAAGGAAUUGUUAACAGCCUCUGUCUGUCUGAUCAGUGUUUGGAUGGGAAAUUAGUUGAGCACUUUUUAAAGAAAGAUGGUGAUAUAAGUGUAGUAAAUAUAGGCUAUGCAGUUGCACGCAUGGCCGCUGAGCAAUUUUUGCACCAUCACUUCAGGAGGAGCAGCAAUAGGCAAACUUUAUUUUUUAUUAGUGUUCAUCUAUACAACUUGCAAUCCAAUAUUUAUUGAGCUUUUUUCUGAGCCAUGGUGGAGAUGUUACUCAUCAAUGGUCAAUUUGGCCCUUCUUUCUUUUCCCUUGCUCUCUUGUUUCCGUUGAAAGCAACAUAAGAAUGUAUUAAGUAGAAUACAUGCAUUUAAUGGAUGGGUUUGCUUUUGUUUUCUCUACUGAAUUAGUUGUAGUUAUAAACAGGAGAUGUCAACCUAUCCCAUUCUGCUACAUGACAGAAUAGCUGAAAUGGAGAGGCUGUGAGAGACAAAUUUAUUAGCCAUGGAAGCUGAAGAGACGAUGGAUUGUAUUCAGGAAUUUCCAGAGCAUUAUAAAGUAAUUUUGGACAGAUUAAAUGAACAGCGGGAGCAGGAUCAAUUUACAGACAUCACUUUGAUUGUGGAUGGUCAUCAUUUUAAAGCUCAUAAAGCUGUUCUCGCUGCCUGCAGUCAGUUUUUCUACAAAUUCUUCCAGGACUUCACUCAGGAGCCUCUAGUAGAAAUUGAAGGUGUAAGUAACAUGGCCUUUCGUCAUUUAAUUGAGUUCACAUAUACUGCAAAACUAAUGGUCCAGGGAGAAGAGGAAGCAAAUGAUGUCUGGAAAGCAGCUGAGUAUCUUCAGAUGUUGGAAGCCAUUAAAGCACUUGAAAUCAGGAACAAAGAAAAUACAUCAUUGCUUGAAUCAAAUCAAGUUCAAGAUAAAAAUAAAGCCAAAAAGAGGAAGAUAGCAGAGACCUCUAAUGUUAUUACUGAAACAUUGCCUUGUGCAGAAUCUGAACCAGUUGAAAUUGAAGUGGAGAUUGCCGAAGGAGCUAUCGAUGUGGAGGAGAAUAACAUUGAGUCUCUUGAGGAAGUAGCUUCUGCUGAACAGCCAAUAAAAUACAUACAGACUACGGGUACUUCAGAUGACUCUGCUUUGGCUCUUCUGGCAGAUAUCACCAGCAAGUUCCGCCAUGGAGAAAGGAAAAAUGAAAUUCAGGAGGAAUGUGACAACCUAUCUGAUCCAAUGGGCAAACAUGUGGACGGCAUUGAGAUCAUGGAACUUCAGCUGUCGCAUGUCAACAAUCUUUUCCAUUGUGAAAAGUGCAAUCGCACAUUUAAAUUCCUUUACCACUUUAAGGAGCAUAUGAAAACACAUUCCACUGAAAGCUAUAAGUGUGACUUAUGCAACAAAAGAUACUUGCGUGAGAGUGCGUUGAAGCAGCACCUUACUUGUUACCACCUUGAUGAAGGUGGAGCAAACAAAAAACAAAGACCUGGCAAAAAAAUACAUGUUUGCCAAUACUGUGAUAAGCAGUUUGAUCACUUUGGACAUUUUAAAGAACAUCUUCGGAAACACACAGGUGAAAAACCAUUUGAAUGUCCAAAUUGCCAUGAACGUUUUGCUCGGAACAGCACACUCAAAUGUCACUUGACAGCAUGCCAGUCUGGUGCAGGUGCUAAAAAGGGACGGAAGAAGCUUUAUGAAUGCCAGGUCUGCAACAGUGUGUUUAACAGCUGGGAUCAGUUCAAGGACCAUUUGGUAAUACACACAGGUGACAAACCCAAUCAUUGUACCUUAUGUGAUGUUUGGUUCAUGCAAGGCAGUGAACUCCGGAGACAUCUACAAGAUAUGCACAACAUUUCAGAGCGAAUAGUAUCUGAGGAUAUUCUUCCGGUGGACAGUGAUCCAGUGGCGUCCAUGACAAUUAUAGAGCAGGUGGAACAAGUUCAUGUCUUGCCCGUAAUUCAGGUCCAGGUGGAUCCAGCCCAAGUGACUGUAGAACAGGUACAUCCAGAUUUGAUACAGAAUAAUCAAGAAAAACAUGAACAAAUAGCAGAAUUACAAGAGCAGGUUGAAAUAAGCUACUUAGAAGUUGAACACAUUCAGACUGAACAAGGUACUGAAGUACAUAUGGAAGAGCUGGAUGUGGAACAUGUGAACCAGUUACAAAUGGAAGAAGUUCAGGCUCAACUUAUGGAAGAACAUAAUCUAGAACAGGGAGAGUCAGUGCCCAUGGAUCAAGAACUGACAGCAAGCACAUCUGUUCACGUGGACGUGGUGGAAGCACAUGGAGCAGAUCAUGAAGAGUCUGAUGAUUUAAAAACUCAGCCAAUAAUGGCAAUACAAGAGGAAAACGUGGAGAGCUAAACAAUUUUGACUGCAUUAUCUGUGAUUUGGAGGAAAAAAGUUAAUACCAAAUUAUUUUUCUUAAUUUUCUUGUUUGACUUUUGCCCUACCCAUGGGACAACUCUCUUGUAUCAGUGCCCUUAGGGAAGUGAACAGGUGGACCAAAGUUAGAAUAUUUGAUUGAACUCUCCUUCUUUAUUUCUAGGAAGGAAAAAACCCUUUUGUGUGUGUGUUUUCUUAAAAUAAAAUACCAUGGAGCAAAGGCUAUUCUGGAGAUGAACAGCUUUGUGUGAAGUUUAAUUGUAGAGUUUUGCUAGAUUAUACUGUUUUGUCAUUGUAAGAAAUUUCUGAAGCAAGUUCUAUUUUCCUUUCAGAAUAUGAGUUUAGUGUUAAAACGGCAAUGUUAGUAUGAUUAUCUAUAAAUUUGGGUAAUCUGCUUUCAGAAAAAGAUAUUUUUCCUUCUUUCCCAUUUAAUAUUUUGCAAUAGUUGCAUUAUUUGCUGAUGUUCCUAACUUUAAGCACUAUUUUCAAGGUCUAGAAGAUUACUGGGAUGAAGGUAGUGUGCUUAGGUUUUGUGAAUACAACAAAAAAACCUUCGUGCCUUCACACAAUAAAUUAAUUAAACUUCCACAAAGCUUUUACAAUUCUUACAAAGCUAAUACAAAAGGCAGUGUACAUACUACUGUAUAGUGCUUUGUAAUCUUGCUUACAAUUGUUCGCUAUCAGGGUUUUUUUCUGCAUUAAAAUAAACUUGGAUGGGGGAAAAUGGAUUGAACACUGGCAAUUUUUAAGGUCCAAUUAUAUUGGGAAAAUGCAGCUGCAUCUGUAACAAGAUAUGAGUUGGCUAAUAGGUUGCACUGGCAUCUUAUCACCAGAUUUUUAUUUUUUAGAAAAAAAAGGUACAUUUUAUAUUUAAAGGAAAAACAUUAAAAAUACGAAGUAAAUGUGUCUACACAAUACACCAGGCUACUGUUUUAUUAUUUAAACUUUAUGACCCAUGAUUGAAAGAUCUUGUGCUUAAAAGGUUUGAAAAAAAUCCAAAGCCAUAAGUAUGAGUGUUUUAACUGUGGAUUUACAAAUGUAGGAAUGUAAAUAUUUUAAUCAGUAUUAUUGGACAAUAAAACAGUACCUAUCAUAAGCUUUCAA